ACUUUUCCCCUUCAAACCAAGAUGGCCAACAGCCAUCCAUUCCUUCUAUCCUAGACUCUUGCAGAAUCAGGUCUUGUUCACCUAAUAAGGACUGAUGGAUUAAAGAAGUUUUCAUUGGUGUUGAAACAUAAGCAUCACACCUUUAUGACUGAGCAACUGCCUAUAAAUACAGAGGAUUUCAAGCAAUGAUCUGAGCAUUGCACAACGGAGCAUUACAAACAGCCGUAUUGGACUUUGUCAACAUGUGGAUUUCUGCAACGUUCCUUCUUUUUGCAUUGGCUGUAAAUGGAGUCAUCAAGGUGGAAUCCGCAGGAUCCAUUGGCCGAAAAUGCCCUGACGGCUGGGAGAAAUUUGGAUCACAAUGUUUUAAAUAUUUCAGCGAGUCUAAAUCAUGGGCCGAAGCAGAGCAACAAUGUGUUGACCUCGGAGGGAACCUUGUAUCUGUCCACAGUAAAGUCACUCACAAUGUACUAAAAACCUUUGUGAAAAAAAAUUCCAAAGGCUUCACCCGAACCUGGAUUGGUGCUCAUGAUGCACCUCAGGAGUUUAUCUGGUUUUGGAGUGACGGAUCAAAGUUUGAGUACAACGACUGGCAUACUGGCGAGCCGAAUAAUGAUGCAGGUAGAGAAAGAUGUGCGGAGAUGGGAUAUGGAGAUGAGAAUCGCUGGAAUGAUGCAGACUGUGGAACUCUCCUCCCCUUCAUCUGUUACAGAUUGGCUAGAAUUGAGUUUUAAUCCUAAAUUUGAUUGAUACUAAUAUCUCAUGUCUUUUUAUCUCUGUAAGUCUUUAAAUCUGAUGCAACAGACAUACUUUGAAUUUUAAUAUCCAUCAUUGCAAAAAUAAAAUUUAAUAUACAAAUGUG